AGUCCGCCUCAGCCGCAGUAUGGGGCGCCCAGUCCGCCUCAGCCACAGUACGGGGCACCCAGUCCGCCUCAGCCACAGUAUGGGGCGCCCACUCCACCUCAGCCACAGUACGGGGCGCCCAGCAUUCCUCCUCAGCCGCAGUACGGGGCUCCCAGCAGUCCGCCUCAGCCACAGUACGGGGCGCCCGUUCCGCCUCAGCCGCAGUACGGAGCCCCGAGCCCGUACGGCGCCGCCACAGUCACCACCACGAUGACCAGCCCCGUGUCCUUCUUCGAGGGGCUCGGCGCCGGCCUAAUGAGCCUCGUCUCCCAGCUGCCGCUGCCUGACUUCCACACCGCGCUCAAGAUCCUCCUCAAGGUGAUCGUCAUCAAGGGCGUCAUCAAGCUCAUCUCGCUGCUGCUCCUCAUGCUCUUCAUCCCCAAGCUGGAGGACAUCGUCGGCAUGGUGAGCAGCCUCAUGGAGAUGGAGAUGGACAUGACCAUGGACGCCGACAAGGACGACGACAAGCCCCCCAUGAAGCCGGAGCACAAGCCCGGUCACCACGACAAUGACGACGAGGAGGCCGGCGACGACGCCACCGCCAUGGACGACGUGGCCGAAGCCAUGCAGGGCGAGUCCGGGAGGUCCGUCGCGGCCCCGCGGCGCACCGGUGCCGCCCGGGCCAGGAUGCUCAACCAACUCGCGGCGCGCGUGGAGGAGGCCGUCGCCAGGACGGCGUCCGCCGUCCGGAACGCCCCGGACUCCCCCUGCCUCGACGGCUCAGCCAGAUGCGGCGGUCGCGAUGACCCGGCGCCGCAGAAGAAGCCGAAGAAGAAAGUCGUGAAUAAGAACUAGGGACUAGCUCUGUAGGUAUUUAUUUUAUUUAUUUAUUUAUCUUACAUUUAUUUAAUUCAUUUAAAAAUGAGAACUGCUACUGCCUACUUGCCUGUAACAUAUUAUUAUUUAUUGAUGUGACGAGAGAAAUAAUAAAGAAGGUGCCUUUUGUA